CCGCAGGUCAAAAGGAAAAAAACCCACGGUCCGGCCAUCGCGUUUCUGCCUGUUGGGAUGGGAUGUACGGAAACGGUGCUGCUGCCUGCUAGGCUUGAAGGUUCUGUGGAGCUGUUUGCUCGCAGCCCGCUCCGCGCCCACCAAGAUCUGUUUCUAUUUAGUAAUCCGCUCUCCCUGGGGACUCUGUCUUCUCCUCAUCUACCCACACACGCUCUCCAUCUUCCCCUCCAUGGAUAUCAAAUCCAUAGUAUGCCCAGAUGUGGGCGGCCUUCGGAGAAUGAGUGAGCCGAUCUAUCGUUCAUCAACUGCCAUGUCUGCCGUAUACACGGCCUCGUCCUCGUCCUCUCCAACCUCGCCAGCAGCGACCACCGGCGUUUCUGCUCUCCCAUCUCCCCAGCUUUCCCCGCGACCUGGCGAAUACUCAGAAUACACGACCGCUAAGCCUGACAGGAGCGCUUCAGACGCGUCGUCUUCCUCUCAGCCAGUGUCGGAGUCUGCCGACGACGACAUCGAGCUGCCUGAUUCCAAGGCCGCGCCUGCGUCCCCGCCAUCAAAGCAUCCGAGCUCGAACCGACGGUUUGCACAUAUUCUGUCAGAACAGCGACGUCGCGAGAAUAUCAACGGAGGGUUUCUCGAGCUGAAAAGCAGUAUUCCUCAAUGUCGCGGCAGUCAAGACUCGAAAGCUGUCAUUCUACGGAAGGCUGUUCUGUACAUUGCUUCGCUUGAAUCAGAACUUGCUAGCCUGAAAUGCAGUAGUAGAAACGGAAGUACAGUCUCUUCCGCCUCGGUCAAUACUACCGCCAACACUGCUACUUCGACCAACAGCGGCAGCAAUUCUCCAGCUACAUCCUUCAGCCCUCAACCACAAUCUCAGCCCAGAUCAUUUCCUCCCCCUCCGCAGAUGAACGAGCCCCGAUCACCCUACCAACCACAGAUGGUCCACGGACAGCAGCAGCAGCAGCCGAUGCAGGCACCUAUGUUGCAGCCGAUGCAGCAGCCUAUGCCCCAACGCGUUACUCAACCUCCCCAGCAUAUCCUUCCUAAUACUCUGCCGCAGCACCAACAUCAACACCAGCAGCAACAACCACAGCAACAACACGCACAUAUGUAUGUUCAUGCCUCACCACCACCUCCACCGCCUCCUCCCCACCCCUCACAAACACGACCCUCAAACCUGGCAAUGCAGCCUUCUCAUAUGAUCCCUGCCGGCAACGCUCCCGCUCAACCUCUACCUCAGCCAAGACAUCUGCCGCCUCGGCAGCUGGCAAACGGCUCUCCUUAUCCUCUCCAAGCUCCUCCUCACCAUCCGUCGGCAUACCCUGUCAUGGAUGCCGCUCCCGUGUACUACUAUCAGUCGCCGAUAAUGGUCCCGCAUUACCAGCAGCCUUAUCCGCAUCAGGUAGUGGCGCAACCUCAGGUGGCCGAGGGUUCGCGGUGAAAUGUUAUUGUUUUGUCAAAGGGUUGUAUAGUAGGUGUAUAAUAUUGUCUUUAAGUUUUGAUAUUGGCGAUUUGUUCAGUUUCUAGUAUGUAUCUACGUUUUUUUUUCUUUCUUCUGCUUCUAUAUACAUGUAUUUGGUCGUCUUUGUUUUCGGUGACUGCAAGUCAAGUGCGCAUUUCUUUUAUUAUAAUUGUCUGGGUUUUUGGUGAGGGUCAUUCUGCUCUCGAGUUUUGUCUAAACAUUUGUUCUAGGAUGCUUGGGAUAGGUGUUUGCUGUUUUUUCACUUUUUGUAAUUAUAUCUAAUCAAGUUGCACAAUACCUAAUUACUCGUCGAAAACUCUGGGGUGUCUGUGCCUGUCUUACCUGGUUCUCCAGCGUGGUCCGUUCGGUGCUAAGAAAGAUUACGCGUACAUCCGUGUGCUAC